UAGCCAUCAAGCGGUCGCCGCUUUUUCUGUUGUUUACUACUUUGACACUUAUCGCGGGGAGGGAAAUGGGACAGUUGGGAGAGAUGGUUGGUUAUCAGAACCCUAGUACUUACUCUUGUCCCGCUUCCCUCCUUCAUCUUCCUGCUUAUUUACUCGCUUUCUUUGUUUUACUUUAACCUUCCCAGCCUCUCUUUCUCACACACACUCUCUCUCAUAUCAGCGCCCUCAUGGGCCCCCCCUCCUCCCGGACCCUCCGAUUUAAUUCUCCUGCAUCCCCGCUGGGCAGAUGUCUCGUAUUAGUGUUUCAUUGACCUGCCUCGUGCAUCGCCUGCUCGCGCCUUUGCUGCCUGCCUUUUCUUCCGGUCCCCACCCAGUCCUCCCUCUCUGGCCACUGGGCGAUGGAGCAUCACUGCUGAUGCGCUGGCAGCCAUGAUGCAGGCAAUUGAGCAGGCAGGCUCCAUAUUCACUGGCUGGAUAUCUUCCUGUUUGUUCUGCCUGAGCGGGAGGGGCGACGAUGAGAGCUUUCAUCAUCAACAGGCUAUGAAGCAAAAAGGUGUCGAACGAGAAAUGAAAGUAUGCCAUACUCAACCUCAUCUCGUUCCUCCGAUGAACCUCACCGGCUACGAUGACUUGCCCAGUCCAAGCCCUCAGCCUCGGGUAUCAUCGCUACAGUCAUGGGUGGUUGAGGGCAGGACCCGGGCAUCGCGAGCGUCCAAUCGAGCUAGCAUGUCGCUCAAAAGGAAGUCAACUGCUCCCGUGAGGAUCAGUGGACCCUCAGAGUUUAGAAGAGUCUCAAUGUUCUUGACGGAACUGGAUGAAUAUCGUCCCCUGGAGUUGAGCUUCAAUACCCCAGGCAACAGACUCCCGGAUCUUCCCAAGUUUGAAGACUUCCCUCUCGAGCACGACCGCAAGCAGGUCAUUUCACGACCCCCGCGGGCUCUCUCGUCCACCGAAAUGGGCCGGUCAUCGCAACCGCGAACUCACCGACCCUCUUCGUCGUUCCAGCUUGCGAGAAAGCCGGUCGGGUCAGGCUCCCGUCGGUCUUCAUUGCCAACCCAAGAACAGCUCCAGUUAUUAGAGAAGAAUCCUCCGGUCACCAGUCCCUUAAUCCCUCAUUUUUCACAACGACGUAGCUCUGCGGUCACUGGCUUGACCCCAAGUGCGGUUCCUUCAACCACUCCCAGGCUGGAUUUAAGUGGUGGCAGCACGUCCCUGGCCAGGAACGAGCUACACCGGGACACCCACAAGGACCCUACGUCCACGGUCCCUAGGACUCCCACCAAACCCAGCCUGCAGGACAGGCCCUUACCUUCUAUUCCAACUGAGGAGGAUUCCCCUUCUUCAGGCAGUACGUAUCACCCACCUACCACUCCCUCCGAAAGCCGACCUCCGACCACACCAUUGGAGAACCCCAAUCGAACCCCAACCCGCUCGGGACGUGUUACCCAGUGGCUCUUUCAAACGCCCAACAAGCCAAACUUCCUUUUCUCCAAUCCGAUCAAAACCAGCGACAAGGGGCCAUUUCGCAUCCGGUCGCGGACGCUAAGCGGCUCUACGCUCGCAUCAACCAUUACCAACCUCACCGGAGGCCACAAGGCCACCCCGUCUCUCGCCAGCGGCACGACAGUAGCCCCAACCAUGCAAGCAUCGAGCACUGAAUCACGGAACUUUGACCUUCCUCUUGGCAGCCCAUUCUCACCCAAACAGAGCUUUCCAACCGUGACAGAAGAACACACCUAUCCCACAAUCUACGAGGGCGAACAGCCACAGCACCAGGAGCCCGAAGUUUAUGACGAGAUGCUUACCCAAUAUUACGAGUAUCGUCACUCCGCUGUUGGUGUAGCAUUUUGAUCUGUCUUCGGGUACUUUUCUUUCUUACUGUCAUUCAGAUUAAGGCUUUUCACUUCACCUCUCGGUCAACGGCCUUGAUAUGCGUACUACCCUUAUGUUGAUAUUUAUACCCCUGCUCAUGGGGCAUAUCUAUUCUUUCCAGCCUUAAUGAUCCAUUCCCUUACAGCAUACUUUUAAGGAUCGAUCCUAUAUACGCUCGCUUUCUUUACAUACCCCAGCAGCAGCAAUGUAUCUGAUACCCUUUUGGUUCUACAUAUGUGCUUUUCGCUUCACCUGGGCUUCAGUUAGAUAAUAUAUCAUGAAUGAAUAAGUGUCUG